GAUAUAAGAAUCUAUUAGGCUAUGGUGAAAAAUAAUGGUUCAUUAAAAUUCAAAAUUAUGUGAAGUCUCAUUUUAUGAUAAUUAAACUGAAGACCUUAUUUAAUCAAAAAUGGAUAACGAGCAAACUGCACUUCCACAACCAUCACCAACUCUAUCUGUAAAAGAACCAAGCUUACAAUCUCAGAAGAUUCUUCCGAUAUCUCCAUCACCUCAGCCGUUAGUAGCCUCACAGACUCCAAAACUUCCAUCAAUAGUGUCUAGUCCAAUACGCACAUCACCAUUUAAUACAUCAUCAGCAUCGCCCGCCAAAAGUUCUAAUCAAAUAUCUUUAAAAAGUCAAGAAACCAUUAAAGAAAGGCCCCAAGAAAAAUCUAGUGUUACUGAAGAAACCAAGGUAACAAAAAAAUCGUCAUCUAAUUCUAAAGACGAGAAACACGAUGUUAAAGUAAAAGACACAGUUGAAGACAAUUUAUCUACAAACAUAGUUGACUUAAGCACUCCUGUUUUGCAAAGCAACAUAGAUAAGAUUGCAAAUAUGAGCAAAGUAUUAACUAAUGAAGCCAAUUCUUUAAGAAAGUCCAUAAAGUCUCUGUCUGAAGAUAUUGAUCGUACGAAACAAGAAUUAAGUUUUGUAAAAGAAGAAAAUGUUAACUUUCCAUAUCACCUUUUUCUUAUUGAAAUUAUAGUUAAUAAAAUUUUUAUGAAAUGCGAAUGCUGUGAAUUAGACUGCAGCAACCUAGUUAUAGCAGCAACAUUUUUGGGAAAGCAGCCAAUAACCUUAUAUGAUCCUUCAUAUGGAAAAAUUGACGAUUUUACCAAUAUAAAUGUUGGGAAAUCAGCACUGUUUGCAAUGACAUACGAUAAAAUAUGCAGUGUUAAGGAAUUUGUUAUAAAUUUACAAAUAAAUAAACAACCUCCUUGCUCGAAUUGUGUUACAAAAAUUGCCGAGUCUAAAAUUGACUACACGCAAGAAUUUUUAAAACUUCGAGAAGAACUAUGUAAGAAAUGGACAGAAGAACAACCAAAUGAUAAUAUUAUGUGUACAACAUCAACUCCUCUUGCUAGUAACAUGUUUUAUUUGUCAUGUGGCGGCAUUAAUCAUAGUGAUUCGAUAGGUAUUAUUGAGCUCACGACCAGAAUGUCUUUUCUCGGUAAAGAAAUCACUACUGCUUUUAGCACGCGAUCUAAGCCCAAAUGCACUACACUUUUGACGAAAGAGGAUAAUGGAAUGACAAUGUAUUCGUGUCAAAAUGUUGAAAUGGAUAGAGAGGGUAAAAUUCUUUUAGAUGAAAGUAGUUUUAAUAAUAAAAAAGAAAUAUCCAGGAGUCCUCAUAUAUUGUCUGAAAGGCGGUCCGAUAGCCCCACAUCUCAAUUCUCCAGCGGACGUGGCUCAGUAAAACAAUAUGACACAAACUAUAAAUACCAUUAUAACCAAGACUAUGGAUCUAAAUAUGAUGAAAUAUUCACAAAAAUGAAUGCUAACGAGUUAAAAAUUAGAGUUCCAAAAUCGACUAAGCUGGAACGAACAGGAAAAUACGAUAAAAUACAAGAAUUGUGUAUAUGCGAAGAUAAUCCUCACAAUACUGGUGAUCAAAUACAGUUCGAAUUACCUCGAGACUUGUGUUAUCCAGAUAAAAGCCACACAUAUACUUCCAAUUUGAAAUAUACAUACAAAGGAUACAACAAAAUCGGUGAAAAUAAGGAGAGAAAAAUAAUCAACGUCACUCCAUCGAACUGUCCUAUUCCAGUUAACAUAGAGAAGCAAAUUAAUAAUAACAAAGAUGUUUUUAUCCUUAAAAUCGGCAAAAAACUCGAAACCAAAGAUAAAAAAACUGAUCUGGAAAUUGAACUGGUUACUCCUAAAGCUCCAAGUGCAAUUCCAAUCGAAAACAGUCAUAUUGCCCAACAGUGUAGUUCAAGUAUCUUAAAGGAUAAGCCUUUGAAAGCUCAUAAAAAGAAAAGCAAGAAAAAAGAAAAUAAGACCGGUCUUGGCGAAUUCAGAAUAAGAGAUUUAAAUGAUGAGAUCAACAAGCUUAUGCGAGAAAAACGUCACUGGGAAGUUCAAAUAAAAGCACUCGGGGGGCCGGACCACGCGCGCGUUGGGCCCAAGAUGUUGGAUCAGGACGGGAAAGAGGUGCCUGGGAACAGAGGAUACAAAUACUUUGGAGCUGCCAAAGAUUUACCAGGCGUCCGAGAGCUGUUCUCGCAGGAGCCGCCGGCGGCGCCGCGGCGCACGCGCGCCGACCUCAUGCGCGACGUGGACGCAGACUACUACGGGUAUCGCGACGACGACGACGGCCUGUUGCUGCCGCUCGAGAGGGAUGCCGAGAGAGACUCAAUAGCCAGAGCUGUUGACGAAUGGAAGCGAAAUAAAGAGGAAAACAAAGAUCAAGAUGUGCCGGAAGAAGAAAAUAUAUACCCUGAAGAUCCUAACGACAAAAGAAUAGAAGACGAAGAAGAUAUCAGCGAGUCCACAGUGACCUCCCACGUCGCCGUCCCGUCGCAGAAGGACGUGGAAGAAGCGCUGCUCAGAAGAAAAAAACAAGAACUUCUCGAAAGAUACGGUUGCUUAGAUGUGAAAAUGGAAGAGAGCUAACAUUUACAAUAAAUAUAACUAC